GGUCUAGCCGGACUCCAUCACCCCGCACCGUGUAGCUCUAUCACUGGAGAGGCUACUUUAAUCUACCAUAUAGAUCUGGAUGAGCGUGAACAAGGAGCAUCCUCGCACCAAUACGAGGACUCCCGAAGCCAUGACGGGACGCGGACAGCGGCGUGCCAUGGCUAUCCAAUCUGGACUGAUUCCCCCAAAUGUCCAAAAUGACCGCAAAGUACCAGAGCCCGAUGUGGUGCAGGAUGCCGCCAUUGACUCCGAAAUGCGUUCAAGGGCAGUCACCAAGCAAGAACAAAAAGAUCUCACACAUCAUCCCGACACUUUGUACGACGAAGAAAUUGCAGCAUUUUUCUUCACACAUAUGGGCAAUCCAAUCCCCAGUGUCGAUGAGUUAAAGGCCUACAAGAAACCAACCCAAGUUCCGUCCAAAGAAACACUCCUGUUGCGCGCAGCUACUGCCAAAGCCGAACGCCAAGAGGCGUUAAAUACAUUGUUUGACUUACAAGUGAUGCAAUCGCAAAGACUCGAUUCUGAUCAAAUUCUGUCGGAAGAAUUCCUUGGCGCAAGACCACAAGAUCUCGACUGGUUCAAAAAGCAACAUGAUCAUUUACAACACCGCCAAACUGAUACAUGGUCAGCCUUGAGGGAGCUGCAGCGGAUCAUUGAACUUCCAAUAUACCAAAAAAUGGAAGAUACCACCCGACAGGCGGAGCCUAGUCAACAACGACUCAGAUCUGCCUUACCCACCACUCGAGAGGAUUUUGAUUCAAUGGAUGAGGGACCUCGUUACAAAGUAGCGAGGUGGCUAACCCUCAAUCGUCCUAUCAAUGCACGCUCACCAGAGUGGACACCUGAAGCACAGGCCACCCUUUGGCAGCUUUAUAUAAAUGACAAGGAUUUCAGGACACACGUUGAAGUAUUCGUGGAAAGCAAGAAAACGAUAGAUCCCAGACGCAGAUAACUAGCGUGUUAUUGCUUAUGCGUGACCGUAUUGAUGAAAUGGCAUCAUUAUCCCGAGAGUUGUAUCUUUAUCCUGUAUUUAUCGUAACUGUUUUUGUCGCGGACGCUGUGUCCUGUGCAGCUGCCUUUCUUAGAUCUCGAAUGACUGC